CCACACAAAACACAAACUCCCUUUUUCACCAUCUUGAUUCUCUCUUUCUUAUUUUCGAUCAAUCAACAUGGACUCCUCUUCUCCUUUCAUCAACAUCUUACCUCAGGUAGUAUCAGCCUGCGUCAUCAUAGCCGUCUUUAGUUACUAUUUCUUCAGACCAAAAUGUGUAUACCUCAUUGACUUCUCAUGUUACCAACCUCCAGACUUCUUACGGGCUCCUGUCUCCAACUUCAUCGAACAUCUUACCAUAUCCGGCGUGUUCGAUAGAGAAAGCCUUGAUCUCCAGCAAAAGAUUCUAGAACGGUCAGGGAUUGGAGAUAACGCUAGCGUUCCGGUGACGGUCCAUGAGAUUCCACCAAACUCUUCUCUCUCAGCAGCUAGAGAGGAGACUCAUGACAUCCUCUUCACUGUUGUUGAAGACCUUUUCUUGAAGCACAAGAUAGAUCCCAAGAGUAUUGACAUCCUUGUGUCUAACUGUAGCCUGUUUUGUCCUUCUCCAUCUAUAACUUCAAUUAUUAUAAACCGGUUCGGCAUGAGGAGUGACAUAAAGAGCUUCAGCUUGAGUGGAAUGGGCUGCAGCGCGGGGCUUCUUUCGAUAAACCUUGUUAAAGAUCUUAUGAAGAUUCAUGGUGGUUCUAUGGCGUUGGUGUUGAGCAUGGAAGCUGUGAGUCCAAAUGGUUAUAGAGGGAAGUGUAAGUCAAUGCUCAUUGCCAACACUAUCUUCAGAAUGGGUGGGGCAGCGAUUCUUCUCUCCAACAGGGAGCAAGACAAGCAUAAGGCCAAAUAUAAACUCCAGCAUCUUGUUAGAACUCAUGUAGGAUCAGACAAUGAAUCAUAUGAGAGUGUAAUGCAGCAGAUUGAUGAGGAAGGAAACGUGGGAGUAGCUUUGUCCAAGCAGCUUGUAAAAGUAGCUUCAAAGGCCUUGAAGAUCAACGUGGUGGAGUUAGGUCCUCGGGUGCUACCUUACUCGGAGCAGCUCAAAUACAUAAUCUCAUUCAUCAAAAGAAAAUGGGGAAUGCAGAAGGAAGUAUUAUACACACCAAACUUCAAGAAAGCUUUUGAGCAUUUCUGUAUACAUGCUGGAGGAAGGGCUAUAAUAGAGGGUGUGGAGAAGCAUCUGAAGCUGGAUAAAGAAGAUGUAGAAGCGUCAAGGUCAACAUUGCAUCGUUAUGGGAACACAUCUUCCUCUUCAUUGUGGUAUGAGUUGCAAUACCUUGAGGCUAAAGGUAGAAUGAAAAAUGGAGAUAGGGUUUGGCAGAUUGGGUUUGGAAGUGGCUUUAAGGCUAACACUGCUGUCUGGAAAUGCAUCUCCGAGAUUGAUUCAAAAGACCGGAAUGCAUGGUCUGAUCGAAUCCACUUGUAUCCGGUUUGUGGAGAUGCUUCAAGUGAUUUGAAAACAUAGCUCCUUUCUUGACAUUGCUUCACAGAAUAUAUAGUUUAUCGAACCCUUCACAUUCACUUUCGUUUGCUGAAGGAAUGUUUCUGCAGCUGCUCUUAACAUUCACUCAAAGAGUCUUGAGCAUCUUCAUGCACUGUAGGAAAAAACUUUCCACAUUCU